UACCUAGUAAUAGAAAAUGAAAAUGAUUUUAACUUUUAAGAACUACAUAUUUGGGAACUGAUCAUAAUUAACCGAUAUAAUUUUGGGUUAAUUAUAUUCUCCAAUUGAAGUAAACCGAACCAAUAAGUGAUUAGCUUGUUCAUUCGCUUUGUCCAACAGAUCUAGAUAGAUAGUUACGGCUAUGGCGGCGACGAAUAAACAACAAGACGAUGUUUCCGAUGACCUGAACUACGAAAUUUGGGCACGGAUCACGAAAACCACACUGACGGAGAAAGGACUCUGGGAUGUCGUCGAGAACGGAGUCCCGCCUGAUCCAUCGAAGGUUCCAGAGUUAGCAGCGACGAUCCAACCCGAAGAACUUUCGGAAUGGAGAGAUGUCGCGUUGAAAGACAUAAAAGCGCUUCAGAUUUUGCAGUCUACUCUCACGGAUUCGGCUUUCAGGAAGACUCUCUCGGCUUAUUCGGCCAAGGAAGUCUGGGAUUUGCUCGAAGAAGGUUACAAUGAACAAGCUAAGCUACGUAGGCUAGAGAAGCAAUUCGAAGAAGUUACUAUGGAUGAAUCAGAACCGAUCGUUGCCUACUUAGAUAGGGUAGUGAAAAUCGCCGAAGAGAUGCGCCGUUUGAAAAUUGGGAAAUCUGAUUACCAGGUUAUCACCAAGGUGUUAGGCUCGCUAACAGAGUCGCAUGAAGAUAUAGCUACGCUGUUGGAAGAAAACGUCAAUCUGAAGAAGGUGACUGUUAAGAGUCUUGCUGAUUUUUUUAACAGAUGUGAAUCAGAAAAGAGAAGAUGUCAAAGUCAAAGCAGCAGGAAUAAUGAAGUACCUCUGUAUAAAAUGUUGUCGCUCACUGUUGGUACUGUGACAUUUGAUGAGGAUAUGUGGCUGUUAUCCAGCGGUACCACGAAUCACAUGACUCCAUAUUUGAAGUUUUUCACCACUCUUGACAGAACACACAGGGGUCGGGUAGUAUUGGGCGACGGAUCAAUUGUCAUGGCACAAGGUAGAGGAGAUGUCAAGGUCAUGACCAAACAAGGGAAGAGGAAGAGGAAGACGAUCAAGAAUGUGCUUUUCGUUCCGGAUCUCGACAAAAACGUGUUGAGUGUUUGUCAGCUGGGACAGUUAGGCUACAUUAUGAUAAUAGAUGGAGACAAAACCGCUCUUAAGGGUCGGAGGACUGGGAAAGUGUUUGGGGAAACCUUCAAGGGAGAUGGAGUAUUUUUUCAGCGUUAUCAGGUGAUUGAAGGUAAUCUCUCUUCUUAAGGUUAAGGAGCUGCUUCUGCCACUAUGAAUGGAUUUGGUAGUUGUAGACUUAGAGCAACAAUAUCGGUAGUAUGUUAGGAAGGGGUUGUUAAACACUGUUUAAAUUUUUUAUGAAUUAAUUGUGUAUUGUUUGGAAUAUAAGAACCCAUGAUCUCUUAGAUAAA